AGGCGAGCACGUGACCAGGCGCCGGUUUCUUUUGAAUCGCGGCUCGAGCUUGGGAGGAGGAGGACGCGUGCGCAGUGCGAGAGCGAGCGACGAGCAGCCCGAGACUCGAGACAUGCCCAAGAAUAAAGGUAAGGGAGGUAAAAACAGACGACGUGGUAAGAAUGAAAAUGAGUCUGAGAAACGUGAGCUGGUGUUUAAGGAGGAUGGCCAAGAAUAUGCUCAGGUGAUUAAAAUGUUGGGGAAUGGGCGCCUGGAAGCAAUGUGUUUUGAUGGUGUGAAAAGACUUUGCCACAUUCGAGGAAAGCUAAGAAAAAAGGUUUGGAUAAACACAUCAGAUAUUAUAUUGGUUGGAUUGAGAGAUUACCAGGAUAAUAAGGCAGAUGUCAUCCUAAAAUAUAAUGCAGAUGAAGCCAGAAGCUUAAAAGCAUAUGGGGAACUUCCAGAACAUGCCAAAAUCAAUGAGACAGACACAUUUGGACCUGGCGAUGAUGAUGAAAUCCAGUUUGAUGAUAUUGGUGAUGAUGAUGAAGACAUUGAUGAUAUCUAAAUCGUAUUCAGUUUCGAUUCCAUCGUCUUACCAAGCUUGAUUUGACAUUGAAUUCCUUUUUUGGACUUCAAAUUCGGAUUGUCUGUGUGGAUGGAAUUGAUUUGUAUUUGUUUCACUGAAUAAAAAAUUCUGGACUGUAA